UGGUGGGUGAUCAACACUCGGUAGGAGCUAUGCCCGCACAAAAUUAGUAAUCCUUAGCUAUCAUGGUUCUUGAGUUACAGGGGAUCCGCUACUUUUGAGGAGUACUGUAACAUGUGAGAACUAAGAAUGUGCAUCAGUAUCAACGGUUCUGCAUUCCUUUAAUACUUUAUUCUACUAAUAAGGAAGGAUUUCUUCUCAUUAAAUAGUUUCUUUAUCUACUGCUUUUCUGCUAUUCGAGAAAAUUCCAAGUAUAGCAGAAAAUAACGACUGGUCACGAUGAUACAAGUCAAAUACUUAAGAAUCUAGUCAUGCCAGUAAUUGCUUUUUCAAGUCUUUCUUUUACUACUUCCUAAUAAGAUCAAUCCAAUCAACACUUAUUUUCUCAUUAUAAAAUAUAUAGCUAUAAUUCUUUAUUUUAAAAAGUUGAUGACGUUAUCAAUCAAUUCUAGUAGACUAUCACUCAUGCGAUAACGAGCAAAUAGUUUUCAUAAGUAAUUCUUACGAAAUGUAAAGCAUUCAACACGACUAAAGAAGAAUAAUAUAAAACAUAUUUUAAUAAUUACGAUCAUAUUGCUUCGUCUAUACUUGAAGUGCGAAAAAGAGAGCAUAUAUUUAAACAAAAAAAAAAUUAUAUUUUUCUAUUAAAAAUCAAAAAAUUGGACUGAAUUGCUUUUUACGGUUUUUAUAACAAAUCAAAGCUACAGUAACACGUGCACACAUAUUCAGUGUUGCAAAUGGCUAAUGUAUUCGAUAAACGCGUUUCAGUAAUUCGUGUGCCGAGACCAAAUCGCAUAACUCCGGAACAUACAAUCAAUGAAUUGCGUGAUGAUGACGUUAAAGAAACUGAUGACCAUUCGAUAGAAGAUGAUAGUACCCCUCCUCUCACUGAACAACAAAUAGAUUCAUCAAAACAACAAUAUUUUGGUACCAAACCAGUCAUAGGAGUAUCACCAAUACAUGUCAAUGUGCCGAAACAAAGUGACAAUAAAAAAUGGUAUCUUAAUGCUGGAAAGAAUAACAAUGGCAAAUAUGACCGUUUACAUCACAGUAACGAGGCUAUUCUGCGUCAGCCAAGCAAUAGUGAUGUAGCAACACAGAUGGUACAUCCACGGGUGAGAAAAUCUUCCGGUUUUGACAAGGAUAUGACUCGUCCAUGGCUGAAAAAAUGGAAAACAAAUGGUCGAUGGCAACAUAAUUUGUGUUCAUGUUGUGAUGAUUUUAACAUGUGUUGUUAUGCAUGGUGGUGCUGGUGUUGUUUUAAAUGUGACGUAUCAGCAGCUAUGGGUGAGAAUUGCUGGAUUUGGUUUGGAAAUUGGUCACCAUUAAUGCAGAUGAGAACAAAAUUUAGAACAAAAUACGAUAUUAAAGGUUCAAUUAUCGAAGAUUGUUGCGUUGCCGAGUUUUGUUCGUUUUGCGUUGCUGUCCAGUUGGCAAAUGAAGCGAGAGAUUAUGGACACAGAGUUUAUUGUUAG